GAAGCAUGUUACCGGUUGGAGGGCUCCGCGAAAAAGUUAGCAAAGUGCUUCUUAAUCUCACUGGAAAAUAAGAGUUUUCUGGUGUGGAGCAUCAUUCAUGAUUUCUGAAGAUGACUGAAACUUUAAAGGCAAGGCUUGAGUUCCCCAGCUCGCUCAUUCAGGCUCAGGCUGUAAGGACACUGGUCGCUGCAGUGCUGAAAGAGAAAGGCCAAAAUGAAAAGAUUUGUCAGACCAGCACUAAAGGUCCGGCUCUGGAGUCUCUGUGGGAGCAGUGCAGCAGUGACAGUACUGUCGUCCGCUCAGCCUGCUGUGACGCUCUGGUGCUCCUCGUGGAGCAGGGACAUGCUGACCUGCCAUAUGUGCUCAACACCACCCUUAACCUUCUGCCCUCGGCACGGAAUGUUCAAGGGCUGAUCAAAGUGGUCGGAAGGCUGCUGCAGAUCCAGGCAGGCCAGCGGGAGAACAGAGCAAGCUUCACCUGUCCAUAUUCAAUCAGGAGCUUUCCUCACCCCUAUAUCACAGUGCUGGAAAACCGUCCGGACUGCUGGCCGGCUCUGCUCCAGGAAAUUGAUGACUUCCUUCAGCUGGCUACAGACAAAGAUGAGCCAGUGUUUGUGGAAAUGCUGGUCCCAUUCCUCCGUUACCUGUACUGCGAGCCCCAGCGGUUGUCAGAAAACGCUCUGCUCAGACAGAGUCUCCUCAGGGUCCUGCUCCAGCCACGAGAGUCUCCUGAGUCUGACAGGCUGGAGGAGAAAGGGGCGUCCGGCAUGAGGGUGGUCCGUGAGCUGAUACGCAGCCUCUUCGACCUGCUGCCACACAUGCUGGUGGACAGUAUAACAGCAGUGGUGGAGUUGAGCUCGUUUGCUGAGUCUCUGACAGCAGCUCUGAUCAGCCAUCCAGACCUCUGGAGGAAGGAACUGACCCGGCUAGCUCUCCAGCUCCUGUGUGCCUGUCAACUCACGGUUCAUCUGGGAGGAGAGCUGAUGUCUCUGCUUCACACACUCCACCACAUUAUACCUGCACAUGCAGAGGAACUCCCGGCUGAGCAAGUGAUCAUGGGAAUCUCGCUGCUCCUGCUAAACGCCUCCGUCUCUCAGCAAACGGCCCUCCUAGAUCUUGCUGUGAAGAUUGUCCCACCAGAACUGCCUCCUCCAUGGGGUGCGUCUCUGCUGGUGAUGCCCUUGUUACAGGUGCUGUCCUGCUCUAGCCUCAUGGAAGCCCUGACAGACACUCAAACACACACGAAGAACCAAAAACUGGCCAAUUCACUCCUGCAAACAGUCCAGAGAGAACCUGCCAGGCGAAAAGAGGACUCAAUACAGCUGGAUUUACCUCUCAGCACUUGGUACAGCGAGCUUCAGGUGGCUGUCAGCGUUUUACACCGGGUUUCCACAGACUCCACGUCUUCCUCAGAAUGGCUUUACUCUCUGCAGUCUUCGCUGUCCGUCUGUGAGAAAGUGCCGGAUACUGUGUGUCUGCUGGUCUCGCAGCUCAUCUUCCGCAGUGAUGGAGAUCUCUGCAGAUUAGCGUUGGAAACAGCCGCUGCCAUUGCUGAAGCUGAUCCUGCAAAGGUUCCGUGUCUGCUCCCUGUGCUGAUGUUCAAGCUAAGCAGAGUGUCUGAUCCAGCUCUGUCUCUCUCUGUUCUCUAUACUCUGCCCAAACUGGGAACCCAUAAGUUGUGUAUCCCACAGGUGCUUCAUGUCCUUCAGACUGUGGGCAGUUCAUCUAGACUGAGGCCUGUGGCUCUGCGUCUUUUGGCUCUGUUGUGGAAAAAACAGGACCGUGUGUAUCCAGACCUGCAGAGACUGAUGUCCCAGCCUGACAAAUCCUCUGUGGUCAUGGGGAAAGAUACGCAGUGGGAGCAGAUCCUGGCCAGAGCUGCCUGUGUCAGAGACAUCUGCAGAGAGAGGCCGUACCAGCAUGGAGGAGACAUGCUGGCUGCCAUCAGAGACACACUGCUGCAGUUCUCCAGGAAAGACCAGGCCACCCCUGCGGCUCUGGCACUGCAGGCCUUACAGGAGCUCUGUAGAGCUGAGGUAGUUGAUAUUUGCUCCACAUGGAAGGCUCUCUCUCCUAAGCUCCUUUCUGACACCAGACCGCUGGUCCUGAAGGCCAUAGCUGAACUUCUUGCAUUAGUACCAGCGUUAAAUGUCAAAACAGAGGAAUAUGAGAAAUUUAGAAGCGAGGCAGUGGGUGUUUUAUGGGGCUACGCUCUUAGUCAGGACUCAGAGGUUGCAAGCCAGGGUUUUAAAGCUCUAUCUGAAUACCCCGAACCAUCUCACACCAUUCUGCACUUACCAGAGCAGGCCAGGCCUGUACCCAAGCAGCCUGAAGUCGAGGAUGAAGGGAAGGAAAAUGAGAAAGAGAAUGAGGAAGAGGAUCUUUCAGUGCCAGGAGCAUCAUAUGUGAAGCUUGUUUCUCUCACACCUCUAUCUGUUUUACCAGCCCUGGAGACGUUCCUAACAGCUCUAGUGAGGCAGGAGAUGAAGCAGAUGCCUCGCGGUGUGUACCAUUCUGCUCUGACUGGGGGGAAUUUGCGCUCUGACCAGGGAAAAACAGUAUCUGGAAUUCCUUCUUUCAUGCUGAAAAUGUAUGAGAAGAACAAGCAGCCGGGUUUGAAGCCUGGGUUAGCAGCUGGGCUUCUACUGUGUUAUGACCUUCCUGUUCAAACUGACAAAGACGGACGGCCAAUCACCCGCUUCCUUGUCAGCAGAGGGCGGAGUUAUCAACAAAUGUUAGCAACCUUCAUUCACGAGGUGAACAUCCAGCCAUCUGAGUGGCAUCGCUCUCUGCUCUUACCUCAGGCCUGGCGAGGCUUCAUGAGCCGGGCUUUCCAUGCACUUCUCCAGGGUCGAAAGGCAGAGCUGGAGAUGCUACAGAAGCAGGGUAAAGAGAGUCCAGAGGAGCUGCAGUACAAACAGCACUAUGCCUGGCUCUGGGUCAGAGACCGGCUCACUGAUGUGGUCAAAUCUGCUGCCAAAGACAGUCCGGUUGUUCAGGGUAACUCUAUCCUGGCAUUAAGUGGUCUUGCUGUCGUCUUAACCAGAUAUGAAAGCAACCUUCCUACACAGUCUGAAAGUGGACCUGAGGCUGGUCCAGACGUCUUUCCCACAGUUCAUUGGCUGUCGAUGGUGAUUGACACUCUGCUCAGCAUUGUUAGCAGUAACAGUAACCCUAAAGCACAAGUCUUCCCAUGGUUUGUUCAUCGCUCAUACUCUGGUGAGAACACAGCAAGUGUGAUUGCGCGCUCCUGUGCCGCUCUGGGACUGGCGCUGCUGGUGCCCGUUCUGGUGACGUGGCGCAGGGAUAGCAUUCCCUCUAUUCUAGGCACAUUAGCGGCAGGUCUUCCGGGUUCAACCACCGCAGACGAGUCUCAGGCGCUUCAGUUUCACAGCGGCCUCGCUCUGGGCAUGUUUCUAUCAUGGCUGCAUGAUGAGAGAGUCAGUGAUAUAUCUGGGCAGUCGGUGGCAGAGCUGCUCAUGAAACAUCUGGAACAACUGGAAGUCUGUUGCUUCAAUCCCAAUCUGGAGUACAAUGCUGGUUGUGUGUUGGCUGUUGGUCUGGUCUUGAGUUCUCUCAGUAGCAGUAGUCAGUGUGAACGGGAGCGUGUUCACGUUUCUCACACACUGGACAGACUUCUCCAGAGUCUGCAGGACAGCAGCAACAAUAGCCGCAUGAUGCAGGAGGUUGUGGCCUAUUCUGUGGCGUGUGUGGGAAUUUCAGCAUUUAGCGCAGGCAUUAUUGAGGCCAGUAAAGCAGAGGAAAGCAUGAACACUCUUCGCACCCUGACAGAGGAAAGUCAGCAGACACCAGGCUUUGCUCUGGCGUUGGGACAGACAGUGUUUGGACUCUCUUCUUUUGGGCACGGUAAAGCUGUGGACAUCCAGCCUCGUCUGCUCGCUGCUUGGACCAAGAUCCUACUGGCUGAGGGAUGUCCCACAAUGCAGCGGCUGUCUGCCCUCAAUGGAUUGAUUGCAUUAGUGGGAUCAGAGACGGCUCUAAUUCAGUUGAAGAGCGAGUGUGAGGAGACUUCACUGCAGCAGAGCAGACUCAAUGAAGUCAUCAGAGCCAUCACACAGAUCAUCACGUUCUCAGGAACCAUCGGUCUGCAGUCUAACGGAGCCUGUUUGCUGGGUCACCUGCAUCUGACACACGCGUCCAGCAGACACAGCAGAACUGCAGUCCCUCAGGACUUCGGUUAUCUGUCUGAGAGCAGUGUGAUCCGGGCGUCUGUGGACUUCAUCACUGAAGCAGGAAGGAAAGGGCCGGAAUUCACUGCUCCACAGCGAGUAAAGACGCUGCUUUCGGCAUUAGCUGAUGUGGGUGCAGAUUUCCAGUAUCCACCAGUCAACUGGAGCUCCGUCCUCUCUCCGCUCAUGAGACUUGGCUUUGGUGAGGAGGUGCAGCAUUACUGUUUAGAGUUAGCAGCUUGUCAGACUCAGUCCUCCCAGAGUGCCUCACUCUUCCUGGGCGUCUGGCUUGUGCCUCCUCUGGUUCACAGCCUCAGUCUCCGCACUAGAGCUCACCUGUACGAGAGUCUGAGCUGCUGGAUGAAGCAUGUGGCAGAAGACAAACUGCAGGUGUAUGUGGACAGUCUGGCAGUCCAGCAGUUUGAGCCUCUCACUCGUCUUCAGCGCCUGUCCCUGUGUCUGUCCAUCCUGCACGGCCUGUCCAGAGCCAUGACUGCGCCAAACCCUCCCCAAAACUGCUGGAGUGUCCUAUGCUCCACCGCUGAGAAGAUCUACAACCUCCUGCCUGAUUCUAUACCUGCUGCUGAAGUGGCUCUGUAUGAAGCCAUGUGUUCUUGUCUGUCUGAAAUGAGCGAUUCUGAAAUUGACCGUAUAGUCAAAGUCUCUGAGGCUAAUGUGGAAAAAACAACCUUCAUUCUGUCCUACCUCACCUCUAAAGGAAGAGUGCCGCUGCUUGGGCUCAAUGAUGUCAUCAGUACCAUUCUCCAGGUGGGCAGUAAGAGACCAGUCAGCUGGCUUCUCCUCCAGGGCCUCCACCAAUCACGCUUCGCCUCUGGUUCCAACACAGGGGUCUCAAAACGAAUGGAGUGGCUGCUGGAGUUAAUGGGCCACAUCAGAAAUGUAGCGUACGGAUCUCCCUCUGUUAAAUGUGUGGAUGUUCUACAGGGCACAGAUUUCCUCCUCAGGGUGUUUGCUGCAGCAGUGGUGUCCUGGGCUGAUCAUGGUGGUCCUCUUCUGGUGGGCAUCAGGGCUCAGUGGUUCCCCUGGCCUCAGUCAACAGAGCUCUGCCAUGGCCUUUAUGCCAACCCUGAGGACACUGAGCUGCCAGUGGCAUCAUGCCUGCUGGCAAUCCCAUACAGUAUGAAGAAACUGCUGGACAAAGAGCCCUGGAAGUCCCAGUCACAGAAGUUCAUUGACUGGUUGUUCAGCAUUACUGAAGCUCCCAAACAAGCUUUCUCAGAAACUGCUGUGCUUACAGCCAAAGCGGCUCUAAUGGCUCUGAGAUCCUCGUCAGAGUUCAAGAAGAAGACAGUGUGGACGAGAGCGUACGGCUGGUGAUCUCAAACAUCUCACACAUCAAAGCUUUAGCAUCAAACACUUAACAAAACAAAUGAUGGGCUCCUUUACAAACUCUGCUUCUGUUACAACACCUGAACACAUGCUAAUGUUAAACAGUAUUCUUUUAUUGCUGUUAGAACAAAUGAAGAGCAUAAAAAUGGCUUCAGAAAGCAUCAGGUUACUACUUCCAGUAUCAUUCUUCACAUGUUGAAUGGAUUGACCAAUUUUGUGACUGAGGGUGUAAAAUAAAUACAUUUGUUACA